AUGCCGUGGUGGCUAUUCUGCCUCCUAUUGGGGGUAGAAGCCCAAGUCAUCAAUCAGAAUAUUGGGGCUGGUACUGGGCAAAAUAUAGGAUCUCCAGGAACCAUAUUCUCAGGAACAGGAAACAAUCCAUACUAUGGAGUGAAUCUCGUCCCAUUUGGACCAGAAGCUGGUGAUUUGAAAGUCAACCCAGGAAUGUUGACUGCUGGUCAAACAAUCGAUCUACACAUGUUUUUCCCAUUUUACGGAGGACUCUAUAACUAUACUACGCUCUCCGUCAAUGGCUACAUUGGAUUUGCCACGGUGUUGGAUCAAGGCCCAACAAUAAAUGUUGGCCCAGAAAGCACAGAUUGGCCUCGCCAAGAAGAUCCGGCUAUGAUUGCUCCAUAUUUGUGUAAACAACAGGCUUGUCCCGGAACACCGGAGAGUUAUGCUCGUUGCGAUCAACAGAGUGAUUAUUUCUUAGAUGAGAUGAUGAGGUGGUUGCAAGAAGGAGUAGCUGGAGCGUCGAUGUUUCGCGCAGAUGCCGCUCUAGUCGUAACCUGGCAUAACACGGCUUCAGCUAUUGCUGGUAGAUCCGACAUCGAUGCAGGGCAGAGCGCAACCUACCAGGCUAUCUGGUUAACUGAUCAACCUGGCCGUUUGUCCUAUGUCAUCCUCAAUUACGAUAGAUUGGGUUUUGAUGCUCAAGAUUUUCGUGCAAAUUCUCGAAGUGGACGUUGUAGGGCUUUGUUCAAUGGCGGAAAUCAUACAGGCGUUGUUGAAGUUGAUCCCACCCAAGCUUACAAGAACACACCCAAGGUGUUAGCUCAACGUUCUGGUGUACCACAUGUGGUACGAGGUCGUUACAUGUUUCGAGUUGAUGACAUCGUACGUCCAGCCGGUUGCAGUAACAAAACUGGAGGAACUUUCCCGAUGAUGAUCUAUCCAAAUAUCGUAAAUAUGCUUGGCGAGAUGACUGUAGACGUUAAUGCUAUGUGCUUGGAUCGAGCUCAAACCUAUAUACUUAUGAUAGAAGAAAGAGAGGUAGCCACCUGCAAUGUACUCAACGCUGCCAUAGCGCGUUGUAGUCUACCAAAAAUCUAUGAUUGGGGUACUAAGACCGUCUAUUUCCAACCACAAUCAAGAGGGGCUAAUGAUGAAAAAGCUUUCGUUGGAUACAUUUAUUUCGUGCCUCCAACACUGGAUCCGCAACGUUUGGAUAUCGGUAAUCUUUAUGAAUGGUACAAAAAUCCAAUGCCUAAUUAUCUCAUGCCGAUCUCAUGGUUCCCUCGUAAUUUCACAAAUCCGGAUCUAUUUAACAAUCUUAAUCAAGUUGGUACCAGGAUCUCUGAUGAUGCCUUAUAUGGCGUACAACUAGGUCUCUAUGUGAUAGGUUACAGAGAAUACAAAGAUGACGAGAUCAAAAAAUUCCGACCUGAACAUCGUACCCUAGCACGUAUAGCCACUUACACCAAUCGUAAUACUUUUGAUUAUCGUUGGAAAGCUCAAGAGGAGGUCAUCAACUUGAAUCAGGUCCAACAGUGGUAUUUAAAUGAUUGGGAACGUUGGAACACGUUGUACACCUAUCGGGUUCAACAAUGGUAUUUAAAUGAUUGGGAACGUUGGAACACGUUGUAUACCUAUCGGGUUGGAUAUUUGAAAUUAGCACCAAUGCGGCCGAACGAUAUGAAUGGAACGGAGCUGUUAGCCGGGUAG